ACGCUCUUAGGCAGUUGCCAGUCUUGUCCGUACCGAGAAGUCUGGCUCGAGCCGACGCGUAGCUCAAGCGGCGUUCGGGCUACGGCGAAGCGGCAUCGACCAUCAUCGGUCUGUUCCACGAGAAACGUCCAUGAAUCCAUUUGGUCUACUCCUCGUGCUGUGUGUGGCUCUUUGCGCUGUGGUCCCCGCCAGUGGUGCAGCAACGGACCAGCAGAGCGACGCGAUCGAUGCUGGCCUCAACACUCGAAACAAAAUAAUGAUCCGAAAGCAGCAUGCGAGCAGUGAUGACCAUGCAGAUGCUGAAAAAGGCGAUCAGAUGUAUGCUCAGGUGACCGCCGAGGGGCGCAUUUCUUACCACUCGGGAGUGGCCGAUGAUGACGAUCAGGGUGAUGAGCUGGACCACAACGUUUCACUGUUUGAAGAGUCGGAUCUCAAUGACGAGUAUGACCCCACAUCACUCCCCAAUUCGAGCCUGCUGGAUGCCCAGUCUAGCAGAAGUGGGUGGUGGUCGAGAAGGAGGAGAAGGAGGCGGGCUCCCAGAGGAGCACCAGGACCGCGCGGCGCCCCGGGACCGCGCGGCGGCACGGGGCACCGAGGCGGCACGGGGCCGCGCGGCCCCCCGGGAGCGCGCGGCGCCCCGGGGGCCCGCGGCGCUCCGGGCCACGGCGCAAGGGGGGGGGUCGGUGCCCGCGGCAGCACCGGGCCCAGAGGAGCUCCCGGAGCCAAGGGUGCCACGGGCCCCACAGGGGAUAGGGGAGACAAGGGAGACACCCCCAAACCGAUCGACUGCGUAUGGGCUGAUUGGGCAGCUUAUUCUUCCGAUUGCACUCAGACCUGCGGCACCAAGGCGAAUCCGGGCAGUCAGGUCCGAUCGCGCAGUUACAAGGUCGAUCCGCAGAACGGCGGCAAGAGCUGUGAAGGACCCAUGUUCGAGAGAGCGAAGUGCAGCAAAGUGAAAGCGUGCCCCACGACCACGACCACGACUACUACAACAGGAGCGGCGAAGUCCAGCACCAUGUCCAUACGUGCCAGUUGCCGUACUUCCCUUGCGCUGCUUGCGUGCGCCUCGAUGUCCUUCCUGCCAUGACAGAGUGAGCGUUCGGCAGCACGGCUGACUCCAAGGACUUGCAAGCCCAGCUUCCUUGGUGCAUCUGUGUGCAGGUGAAUUUUGCCUUGCCUUCAGAUUUUCACAUGCAGUCCUCCUGCCGCGCAUCUCCGCAUCGCGCUUCGGAAUGCCGUGCGGCAGCUCUGAAGCGUGGCAGGCCAGCAGCGCUUCACAAUUGUCACGCUGCCUGUUGGGGGCAUCUCCGGUGCGUGUCAGCCUUCUUGGGGGAAAGGGAGCGGGCCGUUCGUUUUUCACCGAAGGGGGCUCGACUCGCGGCCCGCGUGGCUGCUGUGAGCGCUGGUGGGCAGCCACGCGCUCGAGCCUACUCGGCAGCAGGCGCGCACGACAGCGGAGAGGGGGGAGGUUGGAAGAGAUGCUGA